CAUUUGAAAUUCUCAUUGAUCAGAAUUAUAAGCAAGAUGGAGCCAGAUGUCUUACAGAAGUCCUCUAUGUCACCACAAUUGUCAGCCCAAAUAAUGACCCCAUUUAAGAGGCUAUGGAGGCUGGGAACAGCCUAUUUUCUCUAGAAAUGGCUAGAGCACUGCUAUUUAUAUACCAGUCUGUUAUUUUCUGAUACAUUAAUCACUGCAGAGACCUCUGGCCAAUAGUUUCUUGGUAUUCCUGGAUAGCUGGUUAUAACUUUCAUUCUCUCACUCGGUUUCAUUUUCUAAAAUAGCACUUCUUUUCCAGCUGUCACAUUAUUUUUUAGUUUUGGAACAGCCAGUACUAGGCUGGUAAUGUUCUGAUGUCUAGGGAUACUUGAAGGCAUGUCUGCUUAGUUCCAAUAAAUGCUUAUUCUGUUAAAAAACCUUUAUGAACCAUUAGUUCAUCUUAAAUUAACUUCAAAAUGCAACCCCAUUUGCAGCUUAACUUAGCCUUUAAAAUGGGAACAGAAAUGGUAUGGUAUUCUAUUUUUUCCAGCCCACACUGAUGUCUCACAGUGUGUAUGUGGCUUCUAGGCACAAGAUACAGGGUGUAUUUUUUUUCCUUUGCAUUUAGGAACAGAUUUACUGUACUGUGCAGGAUGUGUGUGGUUGAUAGAGGUGGCAAAAUAAAGAGUGCCUUGCAUCACAACGGAAGAUGGUAAAGCUCAUAAUCACACUAAAUUUCUUGUAGCCUUAAGAAACAGAAGAGGGAGAGGCUACGGAAGUUGUUACUAUACUGUUGUUCCUUCUUCCUUCUCCUUCCCAACAGAAUUAAUUGAUCUGAACUACUCUGUUUCAGAGAGCAACUGGUAACAUGGAUUGCACCUCGGAAGGGGACAGCUGAACUCUCCCUCUGGCUUUAGUAAGGAAAGAGCAGCGAUGAAAUCCGUGGACUGUGUGCACGUCAUCCAACAGAAGGAUACCGCCUCCUCUCCCUCUGACCCCCCUGGUGCUGUUUCAGGCGCCACGGGACUUUUUUCUGUCACAUUCCUGUGGCUUGCAAUGCUCCUGUCCUCUUGUCUUGCAGCAGUGUCUCUUUACCAUGUUAUCAUCCUGAAAACAGAACUAGAAGCUCUGCGCAGCGAGCUGAUCUACAGCGCCCAGGCAAGGUCUCCGCUAGACCAGCCACUUGUGUCCCGCGGUGAAAAUAAAGCAGGUACCCCUGUUUCUUCCUUCCUGCAAGCGUCUGCAGCUGGCUCCAGGCAGGAGAGCAGGCUUGCUGGUACUGGCCCAGCUGAGAGCUUCCAAAAGGAAAUCUGGAACGGGAAUAGAAACAGGGGCAGGCGGUCUGUCGCCGACACAGAAGAAAAAGUGCUGCAGGCCUGCUUGCAACUGAUUGCUGACAGCAAAAGUGAUAUCCAACAGAAAGAUGAUUCAAGCAUUGUCCCUUGGCUCCUGAGCUUUAAACGUGGAACAGCUCUGGAAGAACAAGGAAAUAAAAUAGUGAUCAAAGAAACUGGUUAUUUUUUCAUAUAUGGCCAGGUUUUAUAUACAGAUACCACAUUUGCUAUGGGACACCUAAUACAGAGGAAGAAGGCUCAUGUGUUUGGUGAUGAUCUCAGCUUGGUGACAUUGUUUCGCUGCAUCCAAAAUAUGCCACAGUCUUAUCCAAAUAAUUCUUGCUAUACUGCUGGCAUUGCAAAAUUAGAAGAAGGUGAUGAACUUCAACUUACAAUACCACGGAGAAGGGCUAAAAUAUCUUUGGAUGGAGAUGGUACCUUUUUUGGUGCAGUGAGACUCCUCUGAAGCCCUUCAUUUCUGUUAUUAUGCUUAAUGCCAUUUUCUUCUCUGCCUAUACCUUCGUCAGAAAAAAAUAUUGAAUUGCAAUAAAGCUGCCAAUUCAGCCUCUCCCAAUUCACCACAGGCUUCUAAGAAUUUUCUUCGCUUUGAUAUGCAAACCCAAAACAGGAAACAUAGCAGAUGUGCUUGUGAUAUAACCACCAUGUGAUUACCAGAAAGCCAAUUUAUUUUAGACAAUGGGAGACUCUAAAAAACAACUGUAAAGCAAUGAGAUUUUGCCUUUGAAAAAAUUUGUUGUCCAUAUGAUAAAUCAGAGAAGGAAUUGACUAAAAAUAACAGCAUGACCAGGACACAGACUAUCAAAUUGUUAUCAAUUGAAAAGGAAAUCUAAAAUAAAAGUGUAUUUUAGAUUUGCAUUGUUUAAUCAAUAAA